GAUAUCAAAUGUGUUUUGUGGUGUUAUGUAUUAGAUAUAUUUUAAAAUCUGAUUCAAGCUAUUUACACACAAUGCAGUAAUAUAGCAAAGGAAGUGGGAUUUUUUAUUCAUUUAUUUUGGCAAAGUAGAAGUGAAACUGGGUCAGGUUUGUUGAGUUAAGAGUCUCUGUUGGCUCUCCUUUGCCUUCGUUAUUGAUUAAACAUGUGACUAGGCUUGGCUUAUGCUUACAUCAUAUGCUUCCAAAGUAUUAUCAUGCACACAGGUAACACAACUUUUGCUCAUACAUCUGGCGAUUCUCUCACACAUGUGCUAUCGCAUUUCUUUCCCACAAAUCAUCUGUGCUACUGAAAAUUACCGAGGCGAGGAUUACUGUGGAAUAUUUUUUGGACAUCAGAUGGACAGUGACGGCAUCAGCAGCAUCGGUAGUUCUGCAGUAGGAGUUUCCCAGAUCUCCAGUCUGUUAUUGAGACUUAAAAGCUUGCACAGCUGGCUGAAGAAGAGGCGGCAGCUGAAGCAGGGCCAAUCGGAGAGAUCCAUGGCUAAGGAGAACCAGUCCGAUACAGACUUGAAGGGAUCGGUGAUCUGUGAGCCUGCCCUCACUACGCAGCCAGACGAGAAAAAACGAGAAAGUGAAAAGCACAGUAAAGCUGAGAGAACUCUGAGUGGAGAAUCAGUGGACAACUACAAAUCCAAUGAACAGGCCAAGAAAGAGAAACAAAAGCCUCCAGGCACUGUAGAGUACACAGUUAGUUCUAAGGACACCUUAAACAGCAUUGCACUGCAGUUCAAUAUCACCCCAAAUAAACUAGUACAGCUGAACCGUCUCUUCUCUCGCAGUGUGGUUCCAGGACAGAAACUCUUUGUCCCUGAUGUGGGGCAGUCAGAAACGGCCAAGGGUUUGACAGAUUCUGUGAACACGGCACCCUCAGAAAAACAGUUACAGGAUGACAAAUCAAGCAGGCUGAGGCACCGGGAACUCUCUCCUCCAUCUGAGGAUGAGAGCCCGGUCAAAUUCCUUAAGAUGAGCUGCAAGUACUUCACUGAUGGCAUGGGAGUUGUUGGUGGUGUGAUGAUUGUGACGCCCAAUAACAUAAUGUUUGACCCUCACAAGUCGGAUCCUCUAGUGAUCGAGCACGGCUGUGAGGAGUACGGCCUCAUCUGCCCCAUGGAGGAGGUGCUAUCCGUGGCUCUGUAUGACGACGUGUCCCGUAUGCAGCUCAAGGAUGCUCUGCCUUCUGACAUACCUCAGGAUCUGUGUCCAUUAUACAGGCCAGGUGAGUGGGUGGAACUUCCAUCUGAACAGGAUCUGAACCCCUUUAGCCGCUACGAGGCCCUCAGCAAACCCAGCUGCCCGAUCGUAUUAGAUGACAUUGAGACGACGACUGUUUGCCCCCCCGCUGACAAGUCACCAUCCGAUGAAGGCUUCACUGAGCUUGAGCUGUUACAGAAUGACUCAGGAACCGAGAACGGAAGCACUGAAACUUCUCGCAGCAGGCCUGAGACUGCCAACACUACCUGCCUGAGUCUGGAAGAGGCAUCCUUACAAGAUCUGAGUGAUUCUGUGGAAACAAAGAUGAGUAUGCUGGUCCUAACAGACCAGACAGUUGAGGCAGUGGGGUCAUGUGAUGCAGAUCAAGUAGAGGAUGAAGAUGAAGGCCUUCAUAAUCGUUCCACAGAUGAGAACGUAGAGUCGGUCUUAGAUGGGGACAAAAACGACACACUGUACACUGGAACAGAGCCUACUGAAAAGGAACACGUGGUUACUGUAGUCGAGGAGAUGAAAGAUGUGGAGGGCUUAAAUAAUGAUAAGAUACUUAUUCAUGAUUCUCCAAAAGUGGAAAAAGCAGUAACUAAGGACCAAAAAAGAAUUGUGAGCUCUGGUGAUGUGAUUGGGGACUCUGGACCAAGUUAUGGAGAUGAUAAGGAGACAAUGAAGAGACCAAAUACAGAUGAAGAACUGCACAAGAAGGAGGAAGAUCUGCAGAACAAUGAAACGGAGAUGUCAUGGCUGAUGAAACGGAUGCAGGGUCCAAUCGAAGAUAUGCUACUGUCUGCAGAAGAGAAAAGCAAGAAACCACCCAUGUUCCUCUGCUUCAAAGUGGGGAAGCCCAUGAAGAAAUCCUUUGCCACCGGUCGAACCUCUAGCCCCACUCACUUUUUUGGGACCAGAGGGAAACCCCCAGAGUACUGGUUUGCGGUACCACAAGAAAGGGUGGACCAUCUCUACUCAUUCUUCAUUCAGUGGUCUCCUGAUGCCUAUGGGAAAGACGCACAGGAGCAGGGCUUUGUAGUCGUAGAAAAGGAUGAACUUAACAUGAUUGAUAACUUCUUCAGUGACCCAGUGCCCAGAAAUUGGGAGAUCAUCACCAUGAAUGAAGCAAAGAGGAGGCAAAGUUUUGGCAGUUUUGAGGAUGAGGAACCACUGGACCUACUGUCUGUUUUGACUGACCCCAGCACCUUAUUGGAAGACACACACAUUGAGAAGUUGGCUGCUCGACUUCCAGCUAGGGUUCAGGGUUACCCGUGGAGGCUGGCCUACAGUACAGUGGUGCAUGGAACCAGCUUGAAGACUCUGUACAGGAACCUGGGGGAGCUGGACUGCCCUGUGCUGCUGGUCAUCAAAGACAUGAACGAUCAGGUUUUUGGAGUUUUCUCUACUCACCCAUUCAGAGUUAGUGAGCACUAUUAUGGCACUGGCGAGACCUUCGUCUAUACCUUCAGCCCUGAAAUUAAGGUCUUCCGCUGGACCGGUGAAAACUCCUACUUUGUAAAGGGAAACUUGGACUCUCUUCAGAUCGGAGGUGGAGGGGGUCAUAUCGGCCUGUGGCUGGACGCUGACCUGUAUCAUGGGACCACCUCCAAAUGCUCCACUUUUAACAACCAACCAUUGUCAUCACAACAAGACUUCACUGUCCAAAAUCUGGAGGUCUGGGCCUUUGAGUAAAGUUCACACAUGCGCACACAAACCUUCACAAAUGUGAAGAAUACAUAAAUAUACACACAAACACAUAUAUAAAAUCAAACAUAAUGGCAAGUAAUAUAAAAUGAUGGAGAAAUGAUCUACAGGUGGUUAUGUGGGGACCCACUCUUCCAAAAUAGGGCACUAGUUUUGUCACGAGACCAAGUUUACCAGGUUGUGUGUUGGGCUCAUUUAGAAUAGGAUGAAAGGGUAAGAGAGAAGCAGGCUUCUGUUUGUGCCUCACUUAGACUGCCUUAAUAUUGCACACCUAUCCCAGCAUGCAAUAGUAUAUCCAAGCUCUGCGUAAAUAUAACCCUUAUAGGCUGUGACUGCAGAGCCUUAGCCAUAAUCAUCAUGCUACAGAACUAUGGAAUGAGCUGAAGUUUUAUAUUUAAAAUUUUCUCCAAACUUCUGUGGCUUCGUAUAGGAACAGGGACUAUGACUAUGUUUACAAAAGGAAAAUGAAAUCAGUUUGGUAGCAAUCGGGAAUUUUCGGUUCACUAAAAGCACGACUGAUGUGGAUGCCAUUCAUGUGAAACACAUUCCAUUUGAUAAAAAGAGAAUGAUUGUCUUGACCAAAGCUUUUUAUUUAUACCUUUCCAUGUACAUUUUGUUUUAUAUUGUUUGUGUGUUUUUAAUAUUUGGAAUCAUGUCUUUUUAAUUGAAAGUUAUAUAUAUAUAUUCCCUGUAUGUGAGGAUUCUUUUCACUUCAGUUUUGUGUGUUUAUGUAUGAUUUAUAGUAUAAGGACCUUGUUCGGUCAACACUAAGCUGGAAAGGGCACAUGGUGGGAGUAAUGUCAGUAUUACGAGUUUGCCGCCGACUGUUUCACUGUGGUAGUGUCACAGGUCUCACACUAAUACACACCAACAUUAUUCACAAUACAGUCUAAUCUACAUGUGAGAGUGCCAGUCAAGUCUUCAGUGAUGAAAAGUAGCAUCAUUAGUGAAAGCAAGUAGUGGCAGUCAUAACAACAGGUUCCUGCAUGCUUUUGUUAAUGGUUUCCCAGUGAAUUCAUUUCUCUUGACUGCUCUAAAGCUGUGAAUUAUGGAAAAUAACUAUAAUGAACCACUAUUAAGUGUAUGAAUGUUACUAACUCCUGUAUAUUGUACAAACUUGGAAAAAGAAGGUAAAGUAGAUGUUAACCUGUGCUUUUGACAGGUUGUAAAGGACACAAAUGAAUUUGAAAAUAUGGUGUCUUUGUCACAUGGUUGAUGGUGGGAUGACGUUUAUCACUAGAGUGAGAAAUCCCUUUCCAUGCUUACCUAAACUAACACUACAUACAUGUAUUGGUGUGCUUAAUCCACCUUUAAUUAAGCUUUGUUUCCUCAGUGUGAUUGUGAUUGGUCAGUUCAGUUCAAUACAACAGUAUGUGCACUAAAUUCCUGCUAAUCUUUAAACUGCUCGCCAUGUUUAAAUGUCAGCUGCAAAAGGGAAAUAAAUGUGUCCACAAAAUACGCUUCACUUUAAAUGUUCCAAAGUGUUUGUUCCUUGAAUCCAAAAUAUGUCUGGUUCUAUUUCACCCCUCCUAACAGCCCUGGGCAGUGUGUCGCACCACCAUGUGCAUGUGUGCUUGUAUCCUGAGAUCUUCCAACAAGGUUGCUUAGGGCUGAUAAUUCAACACUUGCUAUAACUGCCAUCAUUGCCUUGUUCCUUCUCAGCUGUGGACAUGACGUGAAAAUGAACACCGUGUGGAGCUUCUUGCGUAGCAGCUUGUGUUGGAGAUGUAGCUGUAGGUUGUUUCAUGUUACAAGCAUUAUCCAUACAACACUGCUGAGUCAGGUUUAUUAAUCUCUGAUGCUAGUUUCUAUUCACAGUAUUUUGAAUGACAAACCAUUUCUUUUUCUCACCAUCUCUGUUACCUUCUAGUCAUUUUCUCCUUCAAAUACUCCACAUGUCCCAGCCACUAGUUCUGGCUAACAGAUUAACUCAUUUCUAGCAAAGUAGAGCAGUUUUCCUUACAUGCUGUUAAUUGCUAAUUCAGAUGGAUUCCAACAAAUUCACAGCUGUUUGUGAAUUCACGGCUAGUGGCAGUUCACUCUGGCAGACCGCUGGGACAGGAUACUUCGGCACACGUUAGGUCUCACCAAUUAUGUCCUCUAGCACUGCUCCUAAGGAUUUAGCACCUAGCCUACAAAGUCUUACUUCUGGUUCCACUAUGACCAGCUCGAUCAGGGUCUCAUGGCUGUUGUUGCCGCACCGUGACAUCUUUCACCUACCUGUAGAUUUGCUGUUCCAGAGAGACAGGUUAAAUGGUGUUGAGCUUACUGUCUGGAUUGGUGCACUGUCCAUCUUUUUGUGACCAUUAAAACAGCAGCCAUUUACCUUGCAGCACACUACAGUGCUGUGGAUAGGUCCCAUUAACUUAAUACUGCCUUUCUGAAUAGGGGGUCAUCUCACUUCCCUCCAUGGUCCCUCUGGAAUCUGGUAUGGAACCCCCCCCUCCCUCCCUGGGGUUUAAAUUCUCUCAUUAUGAGCUAAAUUGUAACCUUGAUAAGUGGGUGUCUUCUUUCUAGCAUUUACGACAACUAAGUGUGGUGCUCUUGUGAUAAUCUCCCUGCCCACAUUUAGUUUAUAUAAACAAGCCUUGCCUUUGAUUGAGGUUGACCCUGCAUGUCAUAUCUUUUGCUGUAUGUGGUACAUCCCAUAUAGUGUCAUUUGGUCAACUGGAUUGAGCAAAAGAUUAGCAGACAGGGUGGUGAAGGUCAGUAACUGGAGGCUGACCACCCAGUUCUUACUGUAGUAAAGAACUCUACAAGGAACACCUCUUACUCAUGCGGAGGUUCUAAUCCAUCGGUUUAUGCUCCUGCAUAAGGUUAACUCUGUCUCCUUGCUCCAUUGGCCUGGUUCUCUGGCCGGGUUUCAUUAGCUGGUUUCAUGUACUAAGGUGACAUUAUCCAGAUGGUACAAACGCCAGCCCCACCAACCACCUGCACUACCACCACCCCUCCUAACCACACACACACAGUUACUUAGAUUUCUGUGGUUUGACUGUGCCCUUGAUAAACACCAGGGUUCCUUGUCAACCAGAUGGAUUGGUUUAUGAUGGAUAUUUUAUAGCAAAUGCAACAUCAUGGGUCCUUCUUCAUGACCUUGCUGGAAUAUCUCUGCAUGCUCUUGGCAUCCAGGUUCUACACACCACCUCUGGCUGUUAUCAGGGGUUCCUAGAUCGGUAGCGUAACUAGAGUUAUAUGUUACCACCAAUGAAUGUCUUAUUUAUUGUUGCUAUGCUGAAUUGAAUAAAAUACAAUCUAAAUAUGAAA